CUCUCGCUCUCUCUCUCUCUAUAUGCAUUUUCAUCUUUUAAAAAUCCGCUUCCUUUCUCUCUCUUCUCGGGAUGGGCGGCGCGUUUGGGUUAGUUGAAAGAAAAGAGGAACCCUCAGAUUUCCUGCUAUCUUCAUCAAACCCAGAAUAAUAAUCCUGUGAUUUCUCUGUAUAAAUUGAGAUCUAAUAAUCCUCGACUUCUUCAUUUCAUUCUCCUCCUUGUUGAUUUACUGGCAAUUUCAGGGCAUGCCUCUUCAGUUCUACUGUUUGAUCUAGGGAGAGAUAGAGAAAUAGUGAUUUAUAGAGAGGGUAAUAGAGGGUUUUAGAAUAGCUUUCGAUGUUGGAUGGAGGAGAUAGGGUUUCUGCAGCCUCGUCUCUGUAGAUCAAGAGAGAGAGAGACCAGGUGAACAAUGACUGAUCACCUUCAAACAUUGAAGCAGGACCAGACUGAACUACUGGAUGCUCACAACGAGUUCCGAAGGGGCCUAGAACAGAUAGUAAGAGGUCGUCUUGGUACCCACAUUUCCUUCUCUACCUGCAACUGUGAACCUGGCUCUAGCAUGAGUGUCCAGUGUCAUGAACACGUGGGUGACCCACCAUGUCGACUUGGUUGCUUUGGUGACCAAAUGCAAUUAGAGGAUCGGCAAGAAGAAGAUGAGGAGGAAAGUGAUCAGUUAGUGAGAAGGAGGAGGAGGUCUGAUCUAGAGAGAGAUGAUCUUGCCGAGUCCUCAGCUUCUCGAACAAGGAGGCGCCAUUCUCGUAUUUUGAGCAGGUGGGCGGCUCGACAAGCCCAAGAAAUGAUCACCACCAUUGAGAGGAGAAAUAGGGAAUCUGAACUCAUGGCUUUAGCUGGUUUACACACUGUUUCCAUGCUUGACUCUUCAUUUUUGAGGGAGUCACCCACUUCAAGAGGAGGGGGAGGACAAGGGCAAGGGGUGGUCGAGAGGCCCACGGCCCAAGCUUCCUCACUUCUCCAAAUGUGGCGGGAGCUUGAGGAUGAGCACCUUUUGAAUCGUGCACGUGCAAGGCUUUCUCACUCCGAAGAUUCACGGUAUAACAGGCAAGAAGGUCCAGCUCGUGCGGGAAGAGAGAGAAGCACCAAUAAUUCUCUCAUGGGAUUUAAUGGCGGAAGGGAGAGAAAUAUUGAUAAUUCUCUUUCUAGCUUUAAUGGGGGAAGAGAGAGGAAUGGCGAUAAUUCUCUUUCUAGUUUCAAUGGGGUAAGGGAGAGAAAUACAGAUAAUUCUCUCACUAGCUUCACUGGGACUACGAGCCAUGCUAGUGAGCAGCAUGGGAGGUCUGAAAUUGCGAGUGAUGAUACAGAGGAGUCGAGGUGGUUGGAGAAUACUCAGAGUGUUGAGGCUCCAAGAGCCGACAGUGAGAAUGAAUAUGGGUCAUGGGUUCAUGGGCAAAAUGAAAAUGGAGAUCGGGGUUCUAGUAGAGAGCAAAGUCCUGAUCUUGGGGAUGGGGAGAGAGAGAGAGUGCGGCAAAUUGUUCGAGGUUGGAUGACAGAUAGUGGAAUUGGAGAUCAUGCAUCAAAUGUGUCUCAGAGGAAUAGUCCCAGGGCUGAGUGGCUUGGGGAGACGGAGAGAGAGAGAGUGAGGUUAGUGAGAGAGUGGGUUCAGAUGACUAGUCAGCAAAGAGAUGCUCGUGUUAGUAGGAGGGAGCAAGGAUUGGGCUCAGGUGUGCAUGUUGAGAGAACCCGUGGGCAAGCUAGGGAGAGAGAAACUGUUAGGGAGAGAAUGGUUUCUGAUCGUGAUGACAGCCCACCUGAGCAUGUACGCCGAGAUACGCUGAGGUUGAGGGGAAGGCAAGCUCUCAUUGAUCUGCUCAUGAGGAUCGAGAGAGAAAGACAGAGGGAACUCCAGGGCUUGUUGGAGCAUCGGGCGGUUUCAGACUUUGCUCAUCGUAACCGCAUCCAGUCAUUGCUGCGAGGUAGAUUUUUACGAAGUGGAAGAUCCAUUGAGGAUGAGAGACCUCCUUCAGGUGCAGCAAGGGAAUUGGGCCAACUUAGACAAUGGCACACGGUUUCUGGCAUAAGGGAGGGAUUUCGUUUCAGACUUGAAAACAUUGUUCGUGGUCAGGUUAGCAACCAGUCUGAUGCUGUUGCUACCAAUAAUUUGAGUAACUUUGGAGGAGAUGAUCAAUUCCAUGCUUCCUCUGAGGUUCCAAAUGAAAACCAUGACCAAUCUCAAGUAAGGAGAGAUGAAGAAGAAGCUCAACGGGCAACAGAGCAUUUAGAAGAAGAAAGUAAUACUCGUACGGCAAAUGCAGAUUGGCAAGAACCUGUUGCGCAAGGGCAGGAUUGGCGUGAAGGAUUUGUAGAAGAAACAACAGAUUGGAACCAACAAUCUGCUGACCAUGAAUGGCGAGAUGGGGCUGGGGAUGAACUCGAUGGGAACUGGCAAGACCCAUUGGAGGAGGAUCAUGUUGGAAAUUGGCCCACUGAUACUGGAGAAAAUGCAAUGGAAGAUGGAGAAGUUAAUCUCAUCGAAGAAGUACAUGGGGAGUGGCAUGAGGAUGAUCCUCAGUUAUCAGUUGAGAAUUGGCAGGAUGAGCCUCAUAACCCUCCGAGAAUUUCAAGGUCAAUUCCAAUUCGUAGAGUGAGCGGAUUCCAACCUCCGGAUGAUGACAAUGUGUACAAUAUGGAACUCAGAGAACUUCUUAGCAGGAGAAGCGUCUCAAAUAUUCUUGAAAGUGAGUUUCGCGAAAGCUUAGACCAGUUGAUUCAGUCAUAUGUACAAAGGCAAGGACGUGCACCCAUCGAUUGGGAUUUGCAAAGAGGCCUCCCUUCAGAAGCUCCUUCACAGGAGCAAAAUCAGGAGGAGCGUGAAAUGAAUAAUCAGAAUGUGGAUCCUCCGAAUAAUGUAGUGAGGCCUACGCUAGUGGUUCCACCACCACCAGUUCCACCACCACCACCUCUUUGGCACCAGGAGCUGCAGCAAGCUACUUGGCCUCGACACAGCAUGCAUCGUGCCGAAAUAGAGUGGGAGAUUAUUAAUGAUUUGAGGGCUGACAUGGCUAGGCUUCAGCAAGGGAUGAGCCAUAUGCAGCGGAUGUUGGAGGCUUGUAUGGAUAUGCAGCUAGAGUUACAGCGUUCUGUUAGACAAGAAGUUUCAGCAGCAUUAAAUCGUUCAGGCGAAGGACAAGGAAUGAGAGAGGGGUCUUCAGAGGAUGGAUCAAAAUGGGGGAAUGUGAGGAAAGGGACUUGUUGCGUUUGUUGCGACAGUCAUAUAGAUUCUCUUCUGUACAGGUGUGGACACAUGUGUACAUGUUCAAAGUGUGCGAAUGAGCUGGUUCGAGCUGGAGGCAAGUGUCCUCUUUGUCGUGCCCCCAUUGUUGAGGUUAUCCGAGCUUAUUCUAUACUGUAAGUAAAGAAAUACAUCUGAAAAACAAAAAAAGUGGGAAAAUGAGAAAAAAGAGGGAAAAUGAGAAUCUUUUUGUCCGGGAAAAGUGGGACUUAUUUCCUCCCUGUUCCUUAAAAUUUGCAAUUGCCUUUGUUGUUUAUGAUUAUUUCUUUGUUGAGAUAGACAGGAAGGACAGUGGCACGUGUGAUUGAUUCAUCAUAUUCAUGUCAAUAAAAUGUUUGAAAGGAGGCCCUGGUUUGCUUC